CUUCUAUUCAAACUUCUCUACCUUUAAUUCAUAUUGCUUGCUUUUUCAUAUGGCGUUUGUUCAUGUUAUCACAUCACUUCUUUUUGCAUUUGCUCUAAUUUCAAGAAUUCACCCUUCCUCAUGUCAAAUUGUAAAGGGCAAAGUUUCUUGCACCGAUUGUACUCAGGACUAUGAUUUCUCUGGAAUUAAGGUAUCAGUGAAGUGUGAAGGUGUUCAAAACUUAGCUGUGGCAACUACACAAGAUGAUGGCUCUUUUAUGGUAGACAUUUCCACAUACCAUGCAAAACUUCCUUAUGAUAAUUGCCUUGCAAAAAUUCUUGGUGGGCCAAAUUACCUUUAUGCCUCAAGAAAAAACCAAUUCUCCCAAAUUGUGAAGGGCAAAGAUGGAAAUAGCUACACAAUCUCCACUCCUAUUAGUUUCUUAACUUCUUGCCCCCAAAAUAAAGAAUGCAAGGAUGAGAAUCAAAUUGAUUCAUCCAAAACCAUAAAUUUUUUGCCUCCAGAGUGGGGUUUGGCACCAGCUAGUUAUUAUUAUCUUCCUUUCUUUCCCAUCAUUGGAAUACCAUGAUCAUACAAUGUUCCAUUAGUUACAUUAUUAUAUGGUUUUGUUGUACCUCGGAAAAGUGGAAGACAUAGUUGUGGUGGAAAAUAAAUUAAUGUAUGCUUAAGAUGUUAGUGAAAUUAAGGAAGUUUAUUAAGUGUGAGCUUGCAGGGAAAAAAGAAAAGUGGUAAUUGUCUUUUGGUUAGCAUUAAUUAGUUAGUGUGGUGCAUUUGGGUUUGAACAAAAUAAUAUUCUCUUCAACUGGAAGGUGUUCAAUCAUGUGGAUGUUUUUGAGCAAUUUAAAAGGUUGUGGUGGAUCUGGUUUACUAAUAGUGUGGAGAAAUAUAAAAAUGUAGUGUACUCUAAUUGGUAUGAGUUUUAAGUAUUUCUUGUACUCUAUUUAAUAAAUUUUGUUUAUAAAAAAAGAUGUUUAUUAA